UCCGCGUCAUCAGCCUGCAGUCCUCCUCACUUCCGCCCGCUGGGCUCAACGGUGUGUCGUCACGUCCUGUGGUCUUGAGCUUGGAGAAGAUGGCGGCUGUUGUAGUGAGCGCUGAUGCAGGAGUCGCGCCGCUGUAUUCGGACUCGGUGUCGCCGCGGCUCCCCUCACCAGCGCCGGAUCAGCCGCACCAGAACAACGCGCUGCUGGGACUCCCGAUCGUGGCCAUCGAGACCAUCCUCAACUUCCUGUCGUACGACGAGAUCAGUCUGCUGCGGCUGGUGUGUAAACGCAUGGAUAUGAUUUGUCAGCGCAUGCUCAAUCAAGGCUUCCUAAAAGUGGAGCGCUAUCACAGCCUGUGCCAGAAACAGGUCAAAGCCCAGCUGCCCAGGCGGGAGUCGGAGCGGAGGAACCACUCGUUAGCGCGUCACGCAGACAUACUGGCGGCGGUGGAGACGCGCCUGUCACUGCUGAACAUGACCUUCAUGAAAUACGUGGAUUCAAACCUCUGCUGCUUCAUUCCUGGAAAGGUGAUCGAUGAGAUAUAUCGUGUUUUGCGGUAUGUCAACUCCACACGUGCACCGCAGAGAGCACACGAGGUGCUGCAGGAGCUGCGAGACAUAUCUUCCAUGGCCAUGGAGUACUUCGACGAGAAGAUCGUCCCCAUCCUGAAGAAGAGGCUUCCUGGCGCGGAUCUCUCCGGGCGACUGAUCGGAUCUGCUCCGGUGGCCGGUCCCUCUACCUCUCUGACCACCAUGUCCUUGUUGGCCAAAAACACUCCGUCUCGCUCCGAGAUGACCAAGGUCCAGCAGCAGGUGAAGGUGAACGGGGCGUCCAUGACGGCGCUGCGGCGGGAGAUGCAGGAGGUGCGGGUCAAGCAGCUGGAGCAGCAGAAGCAGCUGCAGGACCAGGAGCAGAAGCUGCUGGAGCAGUCGCAGGUGAUCGGGGAGCAGAACGCCCGGCUGGCCGAGCUGGAGCACAAGCUCAGGGAACUGAUGGACAGCGCAGCGGUCGCCUCCAGCUCCUCCUCCACCCCGGCGGCGGCCGCCGCGUCCACCUCCUCCUCCUCCUCGGCCAGCGUCGCGAGCCCGGCCGUCUCCGCAGCCGCCGAGGGCGAGAACGGGCUGUGUCUCAAACGGCCCCGCAAGUGCUCGGACCUCCCACGUCACUCCAAACGCCUGCGUAGCAAGAAAUAGAGGGACAUUUCGCUGUAUCAUCAUCAUUUUUUUUUUUUUUUAAGUUUUCUUUUGCUUCCUUAAAGUUAUAUCAUUUUUUCCACUUAUGUCAAAUGAUGACGCGAGUAUCACGCGGAGUUGAUGGGAAACGGAAAACGAGAGGGGAAUCUUUUUAUUUUAUCGGUUGUCGGCACGUCCCUCAUAUCGGACACGUAUUACACUAAUAUGCUUGAGCCCCGUUGCUUGACUUCUGUUUCUAAAGGUUUGGCAUCUGCCUUGAGCAACGUUUGCCUUUAAUGUUUACCCGACCUUCACGCCGACGAGCUCUUCAUUGACCCGAGGAAACGAUCGACCGCAGGAACGUUUGCGAGGAAAACGGCAACGACGGUUCUGAAGACACUGCGGUGCGGCUUCUUUGGCGCUCCAUAAGUAGGUUCAAUUGUGUACGAAGUUUUCAAGACUUAGACCCCCUUCUUGAAAUGGAGAACACGAGGUGUUCCACACCUGACUACUAAGUUAUAUUGUUAUAUAAAUGGUAAAUAUCAGCUUUGUUCUAUGUUCUAAGAGUGAAAUAUUUCAUCUGAGAUGUGCCUCGACAGUAUGAGCAAGUCAAUGGUCUCGCAGACGUCUGCAGCUGUAGCAUACAUGAUUAUAUCGUCUGUCUAAAGAUCGUCCAUCACUGAGGAUAGUGUCUUGUAGGUGUCAAUGCCAUGUUGUACCUGCCACUGUUUGUAGGUGUAUAAUUUACUGCAAAUAGAUCUGUGUCAGUGCAAUAAAAAUUGUGGAAAGCCCUGUUA